AGAGAGGGGAGGGUGUGGGGCGUUCUCCCUUGCCUUGUUCUCCUCUCUUCUCCUCACUAUUGCUCUGUCUCUGUAUCACUCAGAUAAUCUCUAGCACCGGGCGAGUGAAGGGCAGGAGACGGCCUCCGAUAUCAGAGACUGAAAUCAGAGGAGGUAACAAUGGAGUGCUUCAACAGCCUGCUCCUGAAACUGAGGGAGGUCCACGAGCGGGAAGUUGAAGGGUGGCAGAUGAAAAUCCAAGAGCUGUCCAACAAGAAAGGCUGUGAUACAAAGCGUAUGGAAGAUCUGUUCACCAAAAACCAGCAGAUGAAAGAACAGCAGAGACUACUCACAGAGAACAUCAAGACCCUGGAGAACAGGCUGAGGGCGGGGCUGUGUGACAGGUGCACGGUGACUCAGGAAGUGGCUAAGAGAAGACAGCAGGAGUUUGAAGCGUCUCAGAUCCAGAGCCUGCACAACCUCUCCCUGCUGGCGGGAGAAAUGAACAACCAGAAAAAGAGAACAAGAGGCUGCGAGAGGAGCUCCAGAGUUUACGAGCAGCACUCGACAGAGGCCAGAGCGACAGCAGCACAGAGGUCAAAGCACAUAGCCCCCCCGACCUCUCCCCCCCCCUCUGGCCCCGUGGCCCUCAUCCACACGGCAACCAGCAGGUCCGGUAACCAGCCAGAAGAUGGCGAUGUUGUGGUGAAAACUGAGGCAGACCAGAGAAGUGAAGAAGCUCAACACAGACAACUGAGAUGGAUCAACAGAAACCACUAUGAUUCAUAUAAGCCUCUUUCCUGGAAAACAGAACCUAGCAUACCCCAUGCUGGAGAGCGGAGAUCUCAGAGUGUAGAAGGUCUGGACCAGCGACCCUCCCUCCCUCCUCAAGCUCUGCUUCUUAAGAACUUUCCUACGUUAACUGGUGGAGAAGGGAGACCCAACAGACAUGUGCUCCAUGCUCCCGUCCCCUGCCGUCCUCAGCCAAUCCAGACCUGCCCUGCCACUCUCCCCUGGCACCUCUCUGAGUCCUCUGAUUGGGUCAGCCCGCCUGCUCCGGGGACCAGCCUGGUGGUGCAACCUUCUCAGAGACCAAACCCGCCACGCUAUCCCAACCUGAUCCCCACCAGCCAUCAUGCCAGCCCUAGAAGACAGGGGUUCAGCCUGACUAGGCACAGCACCCCUCAACCCCUGGCCAACGAGCCCACUGUGGUGGUCCGGUUGAGAAGUAUGUCAGAUAUUGUGAACAGUCAAACUAUGCCCCUGGAGAAGAAGCAAAUCCUGCCACCUAAGACUGAAAGGGUCUUUGCAGAGCAAAGAGGGACAUGUGAUGGGCCUCUGGACCUAUCAGAUCGAGGAAAGUCCAAAACCAACCAAACACCAAGAGAAUGUUCACCCCAUAGCCUUACAAGGUGAAGACAGAGGACAAAGGAGCCCUGACAAGGAUGGGAAGGCCAAUCAAUCUGCACACGGACCAGUGUCCCUCAUCUUCUCCUGUCCUCCCCCCCAGAAGCUCCUCUACCCCACCAGGCAAACAACAAGACAAAGAGUCUGCCCACAACCAUAAUAACAAGUGUUUUCAUUCAAAUGGUGGUUGGCAAAGCUACACGAACACCACACCACUUCAUCCAUUUGGUUGCCAAUGAAAGGAUUCAGCAACUCUCUCGUUUACACAAGGAGUAUUCAAAGAGGAUGAUCAGAAAGAGGAGUUGAAUGGAAAGACCGACCAAAGCAACGAGAAGAAGGUGCCUGUCCUCACCAUAUCACUGCGUCCAGUAGUGGUGCUGGAGAGUCUGAAUUCUGCUCUGCAAGAAUCCUUAACGUCAAAAAAGCAAGUCAUCGUCAGCAGCAACACAGCGAGGGAGCAGCUCAGAUGAGCGGGAUGAUGAGAGGGAGUGUGUCGGAACGAGAGAGCAGCCAGGGCUGCAAGAGGAGAAGGGCGUCUGCGGGGACAGAGACCGACAGGGACUCUGAGACAGACAACACCCAGAAGGAGAAGAAGAUCAAGAUCACCGUGAGAACUGAGGAAAGGAGCCCUCGCUGAAGAGAACCAUGUCCCAUGGUCUCGUGAUCUCACUCAGACCUGCGUCAGAUGAUUGAAAUGGCCACUUGGGGCUGUAAUGACAUCACUUAUUGCUUUUACAUAAAGGUUAGUCAGUUUAGGAUCAAUAUAUUUAAAAAUCAUCUUAUGAGCUGGAACAUACGACAUCUUAGUUCAUAUAGUGUUUGCAAUAUGUCCUCCAAGUCCUACUGUUGCUACUUAGAACAUUACAAUAUUACCAGUGUUGUAUGUCAUGUAACAGUUUACUGUAUUCAUUUUUUGGAUAGGUAAACAAACAAAUUCCAUGGUGUCACGAAAUCCAAAUCCAAUCCUAAUGGCAUAAAUAUGCCCAUCAGCAUUCUGUUUGGCCAUUUAUAGUUGUUCGUAAGAGAAGUGGCUUAAAAAGUCACACAUUGUGCAACACUUACAGCCCAUUUUCACAGCAUAUGACCAACUGAAGAAGAGUGCAGUAGGUGACAGUUUUCCUAUAGAAAUGUGACAAAUAUAUCAUAGUGUGACUUAUGUGCAGUCUCUUCUUUUGAAGCUGUUGAUUGGUUCACAUUUGAUCACCACAGCUAUUUCAAAUGCAGUAUCACUGCUCAUCGCUCUGUAGAGAACAGCACUGUCAUUGCCCCCCCACCCCUUUGUAAAACACUAAAAAUGCCUUUAACUUACACUUGACCUUUAAUCAUCACAUUUCUAAUAAAUUGUUAAAUAUUGUAGAAAAUAGCUGUUUACUCAUAUAAGCCAUUUGGAAAACUCCUAUCCCACACUAUGAUAACUUCAUGUAACGUGUUUAUAAUUAUUUCACUUUACUGUAACUGCCUGGCUAUUUUUGCCUCAGAGCCUCCCCGCCCUUUACGGCGUCUUAAGUUACCAACAAAGAAGAGAAAGAGAAAAAAAACAUGUUCCUCUUCCUCUUUUACAUUUACAGAAUGCACAUAUUUUGCAAGUAUUAACUUUCCGUUCACAGCUGUGAAAACUUGUGGUAAGCCGGGUGGAUAAAAGUAAUAAUUGACAGAGUCACUUCAUAACACCUAGCCUACUUUUGUGAAUCAUCACUCUAAAGUCAAUAAAUAUCCAUUUUGUGUGAAUAUUGAACGUAUUUUUUUAAUGGAGAUGUCCCAAUCAAUAGGCAGAAUCAGCCAGUAUUUACCCUGCAUAUGAGAUUGUUAUUUUCCCUUUUGCUCUUUUUCUGUUGUGCACUUGAAGCCUUUGUAGCUUUACUGCUGCUUUAUAUAAACUUUUAUUUUUCUAUCAUGUCUCUCUAAUAGCUUUCCCCCUGUCAGUGGUAUCUCGUUGAUUAUUAAAAUGUGAUUGACUGUACGUACUAUUGCAUUGACUUUAAUAGUGAUUUAGUGUUGCCGUCUGCACUUGGUCAAUUUUGUUUUCAAAAUGAAAAAAUGUACACUUAUACACAUUUUUGUCUGAACACACUACUUCUCAUGCUGAAAUAAACUCCCGUCCUUGAAUGUU